UCAUUACUCAUUUAGACAUUUAGCCAGUUACACUUUUUUUUUUUUGUGUGUGUGCCUUCCUCCACCCUAGUUUCUCUUAUCCUUAUUCUUCAUCGGUCAACUUUUCAAACUCUCCAAUCAGGGAAAAUGGAGGCAGCAACAUCGAUUAAGCCAAUAAUCAGAGUCGCUGCUCUCUCCGGUUCUCUCCGUAAAACCUCUUUCCACACUGGUCUCCUCCGCGCCGCGAUUGAUUUGACGAAAGAAUCAGUUCCGGGAAUGGAGAUUGAGUAUAUAGACAUAUCUCCAUUACCGUUGAUUAACACCGAUCUUGAAAUCAACGGUACUUAUCCUCCGGUUGUUGAAGCUUUCCGGCUUAAGAUUCUUGACGCUGAUAGUAUCUUGUUUGCUUCUCCUGAAUACAAUUUCUCUGUUUCAGCUCCACUUAAGAAUGCCCUUGACUGGGCUUCAAGAGCACCUAAUGUUUGGGCUGACAAACCCGCAGCCAUUCUAAGCACCGGUGGAAGUUCCGGUGGAGGAAGAGCCCAAUAUCAUCUACGACAAAUCGGAGUUUUUCUUGAUCUUCAUUUCAUCAACAAACCCGAGUUUACUCUUAAUGCGUUUCAGCCACCUCAGAAAUUCGACGCAGAAGGAAACCUGGUCGAUGAAGCGGCUAAGGAGAAGUUGAAACAAGUCCUUGUCUCCUUACAAGCAUUUACACUUCGACUACAAAGGUAACUACGUUGAGUGGGUCAAAUAUUUGAUCAUUUGUGAGUUUGUUCAUGUGAUGAAAAUUAUCCCAAUUGUUGUGAUAAUAAUUAGUGUGCUUCAAUUACCGUAUAACCCUUUCCAUUUCUCAUCAAUAAUUGUACAUGAUACAUAUGUAUGUUUAUGAGUUUAUUCAACAAAAUCAACUAGAUAGUGUGUGGUUAUUGUAA